CGCAGGGAGCCCCCCACUCCAGCUUCCGAACCUACGGAGAGGAGGGAGCUAGGAGACGCGCACAGGAGGGGGCUCCUCUUCAUGCCCAAGCAGGAAGUGAAUACUAGGAAGAAGCCAGCGAAGACAGUAGGAGGAGGACGACGAAGAGGAGGAGGAGGAGGAGAAGGAGGAGGAGGAGUUGGGGUGUUUUUAUUAGACCGACCCGGGAAAGCCGGAGUUUCCAUCCUUCCCCUUCCGGUCUUCCUUUCGCCCCCCUUUCCCCACGCUUCCCCAUUUCCCAGCCGGUUCCCCAGCCCCAAGCUGGUACUGGUGCGCCCCCACCCCGCCUCCAUGGCUUCUGCCGAGGACCCUCUGCUUACAGAUCAUGCUACAAGAGAACCAGUAGAAGAUACCGAUCCUAGCACUUUAUCUUUUAAAAUGUCAGAAAAAUAUCCUGUUCAAGAUACAGGUCUCCCCAAAGCUGAGGGAUUUAAUUCAAUUACACUGAACGUUCCGCCAAGUUCUGACAUAAUACAUCAGCGAGAAGAAAAUGGCUAUCCAGACAGCACUGGGGAUCCACUUUCAGAUAUAAAGAACAACUCUUGCCAAGAAAAUUGCACAUGUUCCUUAUGCUCACUCCGGGCCCCCAACAUCAGUGACAUGCUCAAUGAUGAGGACUUGCUAGAUGUGAUCAGAAUAAAGCUGGAUCCAUGUCACCCAACAGUAAAAAACUGGAGAAAUUUUGCAAGCAAAUGGGGAAUGCACUAUGAUGAAUUGUGUUUUCUGGAACAGAAACAACAGAGUCCUACCUUGGAGUUCCUGCUCCGGAAUAGUCACAAAACUGUGGAUCAACUGAUUGAGCUCUGUAGGCUCUAUCAUAGAGUUGAUGUGGAAAAAGUCUUGCGGCGAUGGGUGGAAGAGGAAUGGCCAAAGAGGGGGCAUGGAGGCUACCAUAAUCACUUUUAAAAGCUUUCUUCCUUUAUUCCAUUGGUUCUUUGGACAUUCAAAACUGCUGUAGUUUGGGAUGGAGGGGAAGACAGGACAUUUGUCUCUUGUUUUGGAGGAGAAUUUUUAAGUGUCUACUUCAAAAAAAGGUGACAUUUGUGUCCCCUCAACAGUUUUUUGGUUGCUUUUUGUUAUUAUGUGGUUGUAUGUAUGUGUGUGUUUGUACAUUGUAUUUUGAUUUAAUGUUUGAAUUCAGAAUUUUAGGAGGAUAAAAUAAAGCAGUAGGCAGGCUUAUACAGUAGCCAGUCCCUUUAAGCAAAAUGGUUUUGUUCCUUCAUAAAAUCAAAUUAUCCAUUGACUUUAAUUAUAUAGAGUAUAACAACAAUUCCCAGGGCCCAAAACUGUUGAUGACCCCAAAGGAAUCACAUACAAUGUCUGCCAGAUCAAUAACCUUGAUUUCCAUUGCUUGGAGGCCAAAUACCAUUAAGCAAUUGCUCCAUUUAUGUCAUUCUCAUGUCAUUACCGUUCAUCCAUUGUCAGGUGCUAUAAAGCCCAGUUACACGGAUACUAGUAUCAUCUUGAAGUUGCCUUUGGUUAAUAUACCCAUCUAGUAUCAUUGAAUAUCAUUAUGAUCUCUUAGUGAUCUAAAGAUAGAUGUUAUUUGCUCAUCUUUUCAAAGAAAGAAUUUUUUUAAAGAAGUAAAUGUUGUAGAGGUUAGAGUAAAGCCAUAAAGAAAGAACCUAGUUCUAGUUUAUUGCAGUCUGGAAGUAGAGGUUUCCAUGACUAGCCUUCAAAAUGCUUUAAUAUUAGCUGUGAAUUAUUUUAAAUCCAACACUCACUUUUACAUCUGCCAUCUGAGACUGAGUGUUUUGCUAGUGAAGGAUUUUAAGGCUCUAUUAAGAGGUCAAUAUGAAUCUACUGAACUCUUACUGAAACAUAGCUAUCUCUAGCAUCUCUUAUACCAGCUAAGACAGGGCCCAGCAACACUACAAGAGCACUUAGCUAAGGAGUAAAACCCCCCAUAAGUGGGAAUGAGAAUCCAGGAAUCCAACCAAGUGAACUGAUGGCUUAGCUCAGACACUUUUUUCUGGCUUGAUGGUUUAGAAAAAAAAAAUACAGAAGCUACACUGAGUCUAUAUGUAUGGUAUGAAAAAAAAUGCCCAGUUCCCCAAAUUGUCAUCUUUUCUUUAUUCCUUACUAGGAAUAGAUGGCAUCACCUCUCACAGAAUCACAGAUUAUUAGAGCUAUAAAAUCCGAGACCCUCAUAUAGUCAUGACUCCAUGACUAUAUUACUUAAUGUUAGAGCUAGAAGGAACCUGAGAGGUAGCCUAAUCCAAAACUCUUAUUUUAGAUAAGGAACUUCAGGUUUAGUUAAGUGCCCAUGUGGCACAUGGGGAACACAGGCACAACAGGAAGUCAAACCCAUUUCCUCCGACUCUUUCCAUUGUACCGUGCUGCCUCCUACCCCUUCAUUUUACAGACGAGGAAACUGAGGCCUCCAAAGGUUAGAUCAUUUGCCUAAGAUCACAGAGUGAUAUACACAGGUGGAGGCAAAAAUAAAACCCCAAAUACUCCAACUCCCAGUCCAGUGCUUUUCCCAAUAUAUGAAAUUAUCCUUUUAUCAGAACUAAUAAAGUGGUUGGAGUGUGGAGUUUUGUGGGGAAAAAACAAAAACUAGUUCAUUUUUUAAAAGUAAAUUUAUGGAUUUAGUUCUGGGUUUAGAACAUUUUAGGACAGUUCAGCCUAUCUGUUAUUCAUCUCAGUCCAAAUCCCUAAUUUAUAUAAGUAAAAAUAAAUGUCAUGAGUGAAAAUUAGAUACCCAAAGCCCUGAGACUAACACUUUUUUUCUUUUCUUUUUUUGAAGUAGUGUCUCUCAACAUCAGUAAAGUUUAGAGGUGACUUAGAAUAAAACUGUUUGCUAAGCCACCACAACCCUCUUUCUAGCAAUGCCUUACAAUGGUUUUCAUUUAGAGCCUAAAAACUACUAAUUGAUUUAACUCCGCCUCCAUAAGAACUUUAAGACAAAAGAUGCAA